UGGUAGUCGCUCUUCCAAAACCUUCAAACCAAAGAAGAACAUUCCCGAGGGCUCCCACCAGUACGAGCUGCUGAAACACGCUGAAGCCACGCUGGGGAGCGGGAACCUCCGCAUGGCUGUGAUGCUGCCAGAGGGCGAAGACUUGAACGAAUGGGUUGCGGUUAACACUGUCGACUUCUUCAACCAGAUCAACAUGCUCUACGGCACCAUCACGGACUUCUGCACGGAGGAGAGCUGCCCCGUGAUGUCUGCUGGCCCAAAAUACGAGUACCACUGGGCGGAUGGGACAAACAUAAAGAAGCCCAUCAAGUGCUCUGCACCAAAGUACAUCGAUUACCUGAUGACUUGGGUCCAGGAUCAGCUGGAUGAUGAAACGCUAUUUCCUUCCAAAAUAGGUGUACCGUUCCCAAAGAAUUUCAUGUCGGUGGCAAAGACCAUUUUAAAGCGUCUCUUCAGAGUUUACGCUCACAUCUAUCACCAGCACUUUGACCCCGUGAUCCAGCUCCAGGAAGAGGCACACCUUAACACUUCUUUCAAGCACUUUAUAUUUUUCGUUCAG